AUGGGGAAAAAGAAUUUGCUGAACGCUAAGAAAACAAAAAGUGAUGAAAGUAGUGCUGCAGCGGGAGAUACACAGAAAAGGAUUGCAUGCCUCGAAAUGAACUGGAAUGUGUUGAGCGUUAAGGAAAUUUUCGAUAUCUUUAGUUCGUUUCUGCACCAUUCAUCGCCUGUGUGUGUUAAGCUGUGUAAGACCGAGCUUGGAAGGAAUAAACUCGGAGAUGACAAUGUAUAUACAAACUGCGAGAAGAGUGAUAUAGGAAAAUACUAUUUUGCAAUUGCCGAGUUUGAGGAUGAGCAGGAUGCAGUUUGUGUGUACAAGGCAUGCGACGGCAUCGAGUAUGAGAAUUCCGGGUCAUUUUUUGAUUUGAGAUUCGUUUCUGAAAAGUUUGUGGUUAGGAAUGUUUGUGACGAAUUCCCUAGUACUAGUGCAUCUGCAAAAAGAAAACAGAAUGUGGAGCAUACAGCGAAUGGGAUAGAAUGUGAUUAUUCAGACAGCGAAUCUGCUGAGGAGCUGAAAAUGCUGUUUGAAGACGACGAAAUAGACUAUGAAAAGGUCGCCAAGCUUAUUGAGAUGUCUGACGAUGAAGAGGAUGCAAUAAAGCCAGACUACCACAAGCAAAAAGAAGAUUCAAAUGAGAAUAGCUUGCCUGAAGAUGAAGAUGACUUCAACAGUAUCUACGCAAAGUCAAAGAAGAAAAAGACUUUUGCUGUAAAAGAGCCUGAAAAGAAGCAAGUUGUGAUUCCUAAGGCUGACCAAGAGGAUGAAUGCAGUGGAUUUGUGUUUGAUCCGUUGGAUACGAGGUUUGGGGCAUUGUUCGAAGAUGCCAGCUUUUCUAUAGAUCCCACACAUCCUGAGUAUACAAAGAAAGGCAACCUGAAAGAAAUAGUAAAUGAAAAGCGCAAACGAUACGAAGCAGCGAUGAGUGAUGAUUGA